CGAAAUAGUAGUAAAAAGAUGAGACCAAGAAUCUGAUUAUCUCCAAAUGGAAGGAAAAACCUUAAUUUGAACGCAGUUAGGAAGCUGAAUUUAUCCAAUUUGAACACAUCUAACUUGUCUCCUCCAGGAUCUUCUUCAAACUCACCUAUUAAGUUAAGAUCUCCUGGAAAGAAUAAGAGUUCUAAAAUGGUACCAGAGUUUAGAAUCUCUGAUAUCAAGAGAAAAUCACCCAAUAGUCCCAAAAAGAAGGGAAUGAUGCUGACCAAAAGAAACAAACUGCAAGUACCAAGGGAUCAUCGGACAGAUUCAAAUCUGAACCUAUCACAAAUCUUAUCAGAUUGUGAAAAUGAGUAUGACCAGCCAGUACAGAAAAAAGACAGCAGUGAUAAUAUCAGUGCAGAAGAUAAGCGCAUUAAAACAAUCUAUGAGAGAAUCAACGAGAAUACAAUUGAUCGAAAAUAAAUACAUCACUCUUAGAAAUUCUCCAAAGAAAAAGUUGAAUAAGCUAAACCGCAUCAAGAGUUUUGAUGAAAGGAAAGAAGAUAUGUCCUUGCUCCAAGAGGCUAAGUCAAAUAUGCCAGCACGCACAAAUACUGAAAAUUUGGAACAAUCAAUUUUGACGCUGCAUACAACUAAUUCUAAUCUAAGGAAGAUCAUCAGUCAAGAUAAGCUGAAGAUCCUAAAGCUGGAGAAACAAGUCAAAAGUCUGAACUCACAGUUAUACACUAAAUGAAACCUAGUAUCCCAGUUAUGAGAAGCUAAUCACUAUUCACAAGAUUGAAAACAGGAAGAGAAGUCUUUUAUUAAGACUCUUGAAAUAAUCCAGGCUAAUCAUGACAAGGAGAUCCAUAAGAUCAAGAUUCAGUUUGCUGAAGAAUUGGAGAGCCUUACUGAGCUCUUAGCUAAAACUUCAAACGAUUACAUUGAGACUAAAGACAAUAGUUUUAAAAAGAUCGGCGAUCUCCUCGAUCUUGUCUGUGAAAAAGAAGUCAUCAUUGAGAGGUUGAAUGAUGAGAUCUGUGAUCUUAAGUUUGAAAUGAGCCAAGAGAGCCACCCAAGUACCCAAGUGACUUCGAUCAAACCUAUCGGGGAGAAAUGUCUUCAUAAGGCUAAGACUUCCUGUUUAGACCUGAAAAAGAUAUGUUUUUAACUACAAGUUCUCAAGAAAAUCAUAAUAAAAUCCAAAGUAAUGGUCUCAAAGCAAAAGAAUCCAAGCACCAACUAUGAAAGAAUUACAGGGACCUAAGGAAUAUUUAAACCGAAAUUUUUCAUCUAAAACUCAUCAUAAUAC